GACCCCGCCGGCCGCAUGGAGCCCCCGGAGGGCGCCGGCCCGGGAGAAAUAGUUAAGGACGUGGAGGCACCACAGGCAGCCCUGGGCACCCUGGCCCAUGGGAAAGGGGACAGCUGCCACUCGCCCACAGCUGAGGAGGAGGUGGGCAUCCCAAUACCAGCCCCGGGGCUCCUGCAGGUCACAGAGAGGAGGCAGCCCCUGAGCAGCGUCUCCUCCCUAGAGGUGCACUUUGACCUCCUCGACCUCACCGAGCUGACUGACAUGUCCGACCAGGAGCUGGCCGAGGUCUUUGCUGACUCAGACGACGAAAGCCUGGCUGGGGAGUCGCCAGCAGGCCUGCACCCGCUGCCCAGGGCCGGCUGUCUGCGCUCCCCCUCCUGGACACGAACCAGGGCCGAGCAGAACCGAGAGAAGCAGCCACUUGGUGACCCAGAGCACCGGCCAGCGAUUGCAGACACAUUUCUUACCGUGGAGAGGCCCAAGGAGGACUAGGCCAGCUGGCCCUGGGGCCAAGGCAGUGCCCAUCUGGACAGUUCCGACCCCUCGGACAUUCUGCCCACCCCAUGUGGCUCUGGGCCAGGUUCUUGGGGUGCUCCAGCACAAGCACAGCCCAGUGGCCUUAUGUCCCGCUCCCUUCCAGUCCUCGGAUCAGGGACAACGGACCUGAGGAGGUGGGAGUGACCUAGGCCUCUUGGAAACUUCUGUCCACAGGACUGGUGCUCUCAUCUGCCAGAAGAUUCCCGAGUGGGUGCGGGGUGAGGGGGACCUACGCCAGAGAGAGCUUCUCUGCAAAACCCCCAGGGUCUCAGGGUUCCGGUCUGGGAAUGGGCACACCAUGCUCUGGCCCAUGGGAUACUCUGAUAUCCAGCCAAGAAUGUGGGUAGGGGAGUCCGUCCUGAACACCACCACCUUCCUUUCAAUCCCAUCCUCUUCCAGGGUGCAUCACUGGCACCGGGGCCUCCUCCCCAGACCCUAAGACCCUGCUCGUCUUAGUUCCUGUGGGACAGCCGGGCCCACCAUCCUCGGCUCCGAACACCUAAUGUGGCACGACCACCUCAGACUGUGGGUGGGGGAGUAGGCACGCGGGGUCUGCCCUUGGCAGGGACACAUCCCCACAGCCUAUCAAAAAUGCACACAGAGGCAUGCACAGCCCUAGAUCUGUGCCCCUGGCUAGCGUCCUCACCUGGGGUAGCACAGCCCGAGGGGGGCUUGGAACAUGCGGGACCCCCAGCACGGCCCCCAACUUAGAGGGCACCAGGCUCAGCUGCUCCAACUGCCGCUUUCUAUGACCUAAGGGACUGGAGAGGCUCUGGUCUGACAGCAAGUCCAAGAAGUUUUCAAAUAAAUGUGUGAGUUUGCUUUCGGUGCCCAGGCCAACCUGCCCUGACCCAUUCCCCACUCACACACUUCUAGGGAAGGGAAACCUGUUCUGCUGUGGCCCUGGGCGUGCCCUCGGCCCGCUUGGCACAGUAAAUGCAAGGUCCCCGCUGAGAAAACAGGCCUCAGAAAUGCUGAGGGACUUUGCCUGCACCCUCUACACCAUGAGCACCAAUU